UAAAUGGUAAGUUAUUAUUCCUCUUAUAUUUGCACUCUCACAAAGAAACUCAUAAAAAUAAAAAGAAAACAAAAAAAAAAAAAUGGAGAGAUAUAGAACUGAUGGUCCUGAAUAAGUGUACCAAAUGAAAGGCUAGUUUCUUAUUUGGCCAUGUAAUCGACUGAAAAAGAUGAAGGACACGUAAAUGCACAACAACAAGCUCUAAAGAUAAUCAGUAUUCAGUAACAGAUUACAAUAGCCACUACCCAAUUGGGUCCUCUUAAUCCCAAAUCCCAAUUCCAGAGGCUGGAUCAACGCUGCAGCAGCAAGGAGUAAACAACAGCACGGCAAAACAAAAAUGAUGUCCACAACCAACAGUUGUGGGUACGGCUAUUCUCAGGCGCAGCUAUACCAUUGCUCCUACCAAGCUCUUGAUCAAACCAAUCGCUCCCAUUUGCAACUUUUCAAAACCAGGCAAUUCGGGUUGUCAUCUGUUGCUGCAGCUAGCCCUACAAGGUUUCUUGUAGGCUACCGCUGCAGCUGCAGGAGCAAUAAAUCUCUGAGUAGAUUCGUGAUAAAAGCAACAGAAACAGAUUCAUCCUCCUCGAACCAAGAAGAAGAAGAAAAGUAUGAAGAGUAUGAAGUGGAAAUAGAGCGACCUUUCGGGUUGAAAUUUGCCAAAGGAAGAGAUGGUGCUGUGUAUAUUGAUGCGAUAGCACCUGGAUUAUCAGCCGAUAAAACAGGCAAGUUUACUGUGGGCGACAAAGUUAUCGCCACCAGUGCCAUGUUUGGCACUGAAAUCUGGCCUGCUGCUGAGUACGGAAGGACUAUGUAUACUAUCCGUCAAAGAAUUGGCCCUCUCUACAUGAAAAUGCUGAAACGUUAUGGGAAUCUUGAUUAUGCUUCUGGGGAGAUGACUGAGAAGGAAAUUAUUCGUGCUGAACGAAAUGCUGGUUUUAUCAGUAACCGGAUUAGGGAGAUUCAACUGCAAAAUUACCAACGAAAGAUGGCACAGAAAGAACGUAGGGAACAGGAACUCCGAGAAGGCCUUCAACUUUACAAGAUGGAAAAAUAUGAUGAAGCACGUGAAAAGUUCGAGUCUGUACUAGGAUCUAGUCCUACCGCAACUGAAGCUUCAGUAGCUAAUUACAACGUUGCCUGCUGUUAUUCUAAGCUUAAUCAGAUACAAGCUGGUCUUUCUGCACUCGAAGAUGCUUUGGAAGAAGGAUAUGAAGAUUUCAAUAGAAUUCGAACUGAUCCAGACCUCGCGAACCUCAGAACAGCAGACGAAUUUGAGACCCUGCUGAAACGAUUCGAUGAAUCAUUCAUCAACGAGAAUGCAGUGAAUGCGAUCAAAUCUCUUUUUGGUAUAUUCAACAAGAAGUAAAAGGCGCGGUUUUAUAGCAACGAUUUUCUCACUAUGUUGCUUAUGCUUACACUGUUUGAUCAAGAGUACAUGUUCAUUAUUCAAAGAAACCUCCAUUCUCAUGCCUCCUAUUAAUGAAUAUAGUUUUCCGGCCUACAUUUAUCCAACAAAAA